AUGACUACAUCUGCCCGAGAAUUGCGCCGCGCUGGUUUGAAAAUCGAUUGUUUUGGUCUCCAUGAAAACGAAAGCAGCACCCCGGGCGUAGAAAUACCGUGUACACCACAUAAGCCAUUGUCUUGCCCACUAACAGUUCUUUGUAACGACAUCCAUGCCGCUAUGAAAAAGCUUCAGUUUAGUGUCUACCGGGGAGAUGUGUACAAGAAAGUUGCAGAAUCACAAUUUACUUUCAAGUUUCUUUGCUCCAUGAAGUCAUUUCUGUUAAAUCUUAUGGGGAACGAGUGCUUCAAAGACAGGCUUGUCCAACAUUUUCAACGAGUUCUACCACUUCUGCGUGAGCCAGAAAGUUCCCUGAUUGGCCAACUUAAAAUAGAUCGAAACUUGGUUGAAGUGCAGAAUGGCUGGUUUUGGUCUUUCUCUGAAGGAGCUUUUGUACAAGGAGUGAUCCCAGAAUCAGAGGUGAGAGCAUACGUUUUCAUCAGUAAAGGUUGUUUUAAUUCCGUUAUCACAAUUUUCUUGGCUACAAUUUAUCUGCUGGCUAAAAUGACAAGGUAUCUGUUCAAUAGAAAAGUCGUUUGUCUAUUACUAUACACCAUAUUUAACCUUGGAAUAUGUCAAAUCAAGUGCUAUUCAGUUUCGAGUUACCUAAUCUAGGACUACUCCUAGUUUGUUGGCGGGUAAAGGUUUCUACUUCUUCUUUUACCUAUUUAUUACAUGUCUGUAUGUUUUAACAGUUUUUUUUUCUCUUUUCUACAGCGAGGUAUCACAUCACCAAGAGCGUAUGUCCACUAUGACAACCUCCAAGAGCCCGAUCCUAAAUACUUCGAGCAAAUUCUAACCAAUAGCCUACCCGAAGGGCAAAUACAACAGUUUUGCGCUGAUUUUCUCGCGCUAUUCAGAGAUAAAGAACAUAAGCGACCUGUGCCAUGUGCCAUCGGAGCUUCUGACAGCGGCAAAACGAGCCUGUUCAGUCCAGUGUUUCAAAUUGUGCCGUUAAGCCGAAUCGCUCGCGUGACCAAACAGAAGAGCUUUAACAAGUCGAUGAUUGACAGCUCCACGGAAGUUAUCUUUCUCGACCAGGCAUACAACAACCUGCUCGACAUAGAUGACUGGAAGAUAAUUUGUCAAGGCGGUUUUACAUCCCACGAUGUGAAAUGGAAGAAGGCCCAGUGGUUCCACUGCCGUGCAAGUAUGUACAUUACAUGUCAACAGGAGAUGGACUUUGGCGAGGCCCACAAUGACGCGAUGAACCGAAGACUUCACAAGUACUUCUUCAGAAGCUUGCCGCAAGUUAACCCGGAGGCCAACCAGUGGUUGCGAGAACAUGCAAUGGACUGCAUCGUAUGGGCCCAAAAGAUGGUUGCUACAAACUCCACUACCGCACAGACUGGAAGGACUUUAGGAGAGCGUGAGGACGGUUUAGAAAGUGAAGACAUUCAGAGAAUUUUGUCCGUUUCCCUACUGGACGAGCACGCCCCCGAGUGCAACACGGAAGGCGGUGAAAUCUCACUCACGGAUGAAGAGGAGAGUGAAGCCGAAAGCGAUUUUCGGCACAGACAACUGAGCAUGCUCCUGCGAAACGCUCAAACACAGCACAAAGCCAUCCAAGAUCGUCAAAUCGCCGGACGUCGACGAUAUCUAGUAAAUUUGGGAGUGACCAGCAAAUCGCAGGCAGAUCGACUGAUUACGCAUCCCGACGAGCCACUACCAACCGACCUCGCUCGCAGAGAACAACAGGCCUUGAAUGAUAGGGCAGAACGUCUCGAAAAGCAAAGGGAAAGAGAUGAGCAAGAGAAAGUAAAAAAAGCAUUCUCUAAUCCGUGGCUGUUAGAAAUAGAAAAAGAGAUGGCCGAGAACAAUAUGCGUUUAGAGAGAGGCACAGACCCCGACAUGAGUGCAACGCUGACGAGUCUUUUAGAGAUUGAUUGUGAGAAACUCCGCGCAUUUCACGAAAAACAAGGUACCAUUCGCCUGCAGAUGGCCGUGGAAAAAAGGAAAGAAAUCUGUGUGAAACGUGGAUUAGUGGAUCUAGGGUACGCGAGUUCCAUUAGAGAUGUGUACUCACCUUUACCGGUUAUCGUCGAAGGUAGCAACCAAAACAUGUCCAGACCAACGGCUUCAAACGACCAUGGUAAUACGCGAAAGACACCAUCUUACGACCCGCCUGAGGACACGCACCAGACGAUGUUUACUCCACCUACGAGCCAGGAGGCCGUCGAAUCGGAGAGCGAGGACAUGUUCAUUACACCGAAGACACCUUGUUACGAGCCCUCAUUUGAUGAAAGCAUUUGCACAGGCUCUUCACCAUUACUGAGGCGAGUACCCUCACCUGACAACAGACCUUCGAAGCGAGCAAGACUCUCGAGAAGCCAAACAACCGAGGGACAGAAGCGGGUGACUACCUUUUUCAGUUCGCAGAAACGUGUAAAAAAGUAG